GGGAGAAGAGACAAAAGACAAUCAGUCACGUUUUCUAUCACGUGUAGGCCAACUGGACUCGAAAGAAUAAUCGUCAUCUAGCAUAAGAACGAAGUGCAGCAUAGCUCAAAAUGAUAAAUUACAUACAUAGUACAUAGAGUAUACAGGCUUUACAUUACAUUAGAAUCAGCUUUGCAGUAUUACAAAAGGUCCUUGAAUUGAUUGGUUGCAAUAAUAUCUAUUUUUGGGUUGGUUAUAUAGCUCUAUAUACGAUAAAUCUAAAUCUGGGGUAGUUUCAAAGCUGGACAUCAAGAACAAUAUGAAAUGAAACUAGAUGCUCUUAAAGCUAGCUGAACAUAAUCAUAUUGCAUUCCAGUUAUCCAUAUGAUCGUUUAGUCAGUAUCCCAAUCAAAUAUAGCAUCCAUAUCACAGUAUAAUCAUAUCAGCCUAGCAACACCAAAACCAAUAGCGAAAAGCUGUAAACAAAUGCCCAUUGAAACGGUGGUCAGCUCUAUGCUAAUGUUCAAUUAUGUACUUACUUAUGAUGUGCCUCGAGACUAUCUUGAAUACCUUAUGCCACUAUUUUGCACAGCUAGUACCCUUUCAACUCACAAUUUGUUUCGUGCUGUAUAUAUUGGUUAUCUAAACCAAAAAUUUAUGUCAAGUUUUGAUCACCAAGUGCACCUUAUAAGAGAACACCACAUUCUAAAACUAUAACAGUAGAUUUGUUAGUAUCAACUUCUAGCUUUAUUAAGUUAGUUAUUAUUAUCUCACCACCAACUGUUCGUCAAUUACAAUUGACAUUAGCAGCACUAAAACAUUCAUAUAGUAUAAGUCUUAAGAGAAGAGAGUAACAAAAAAAGAGAGGAAGAAAAGUGGGAAAUCACUCCCUUUUAUAAUAUUUCCUCUGGAAUGUUCAAGGCUGUUACCAGUGGCUGCCAUUCAGUAGUUUAUUGGUGUAUUAUCUUGUUUAUUUUUCGUUGUGCAUUGUAUGUGUUGUACAAUUCUGAAAAAGCGCGUCAAGUGCAUCAAAAGAAGACCCAAUAAAUGACAAGAAGAAUAACUCACUAGUCACAACAAAUACAAUUACACAAGUAAUACAAGUAGAAUCUAC